ACACGAAGCUUCCAGAACGCGCCGAAAACAGCCAGCGCCAAAAGGGUCCUUCAGCCAGACGCUAAAGCUAGCGCAGGGGAUGACGUCCCUUAGAGGGCUGUCUAUCGCAGAUGCCUGCUCUUAGGAGUCACAAAAACUAACUCCGCUGCAGUCAAACUGCGAAACGAAAGCUCUGGCGCGUAGGAAUAGGCGGGCAAAGCAGGCAGGCAUCUCUGGUUAACCCUGGUGUCAGAAGUUCUAUAGAGCAGUGCGGAAAGUAAUGUUGCUUCGAAGUAUCAUAAGGCAAAUGAUCAGGAUUACGGAAAAGGCCCAGAACACACAAAUCUGGGGUGAUACCAGUUUUUGCACUGGUCACAGGCAUUUGUCCUCCAAGCCAAAGGAAAAAGAGGGCUUAGUCCAACAAUCAAAUGGUUUGGUUGAUGCCUUUGAUAAGACCAACUUCAAAUGUCCCACUGAGUUCACAUUUCCAGAGAGAGCAACAACAAUAGUCUUACAAAGACCGGAGGAGCGCUCCGCAGAAGAUGUUCUGUUUCUCCGGCAUGUGAUGAGAGGCAUGCUCAGCUUCCGGCAUUACAGCAAUUCCAUGCAGCUCAUGCUGGCUAAGGUGGUGCGUUAUGAGAGGUUUGGCAAGAGUCGGGUUGUGGUUCGAAAAGGUCAGAGAGGAAACAGCUUCUACUUUGUUUUUUCUGGGACAAUUUCUGUGACACAGGAUGAAGAUGGUAGCAGUGCUCUUCUGGAUCAGGAGCCCAUUCUUUUGAAAAAAGGAGCCAGUUUUGGGGAAAUUGCUUUACUGAAGGGUCUCAGGAGAAAUGCCACUGUUGUAUGUAUGGAGGAGACAGAGCUGCUGGUGGUUGACAAGAAAGACUUCUUGAGCAAUAAACUGGAUUUGGAACUCCAGAAGGAAUUUGAAUAUAGAUUCCAGUUUUUUAGAUCACUGGACCUACUUUCUAGCUUAUCAGAUGAAUCCCUGAUGACACUGGCUGGCCAUUGCAAGACAGAGCAGUACCAUCACAGCCAGGUAGUAGUUAGUGAUACCAGCAAAACCAAGAACAUCAUCUUUAUAGUUAAAGGCAGGUGUAAUGUGCUGCGACUUCUGGAUUUGAGUCAGUGUCCCACUUAUCUCAAGUGGAGUAAACAACAAAAGGUAUUGCCUGGGAGGAAGGUAUUCAGAAACAUAUCCCAAGAUGGGAGUACUUUCCUGGCAUUUCACCACUCUCCUCCUGAUGUAAGCAAUCCUGAAAUUAUCCAGAGAAACGCCUCUGACAGAUUCUGUUCUGCGAAGGAAAUCCAAGAAAUGCAGAUAAUAGUCAGUGGUACAAAGGAGAGUAGAGAAGAAAAAAGCAUUAUGAAAAACAAAAUGUUUUCCUGCUCAUCUGAGGAACCUAUUAUAAGGAAGCAGUGCCAGACAGGAACAUUGUCUCAUAGCUGUGCGCUUUUCUGCAUUGAUUCACUCAGGCCAGGACAAUAUUUUAAAGGGGUAGAUAUGAACUACAUUGAAACUCAUCUAAAAAAAGAAGAUAAUGCAUGCCAGGAUCAGAAAUGCCUCCAGCCUUUGUCCCUAAGACCUGUUACUGACCCAGCACCACAAGAGGAUCGACCAAUGGUUAUUUGCAGCCAAGGGUCAGAGAUUAUUCGUAUCAAGCUGAAUAUGUUUUGUGAGCUGGCUAAUUUUUCAACACUACACAGAAUGAAAAAGGAAAUCCAGCCAUAUCCCAGUGAUGAUGAGCUUUGCCGUAUUUUUCUGAAAGAAAACUCCUGGAAGCAGUUUAAAGAAAACUUAGUUAGUAAUAUAAAACAGACCAAAGGGGCACUGCAGAAGUUAGAUCCAAGAAGGCCACCAUUGCCAAGGUCCUGCUACAGGAGCUGCCAAUGGGAUCUCAACUACAGAAGAGUUUUACAUGGGACUUCAGUUGACAGAGGCAGCACAAAAAUGUGAAUGGUACUGAAAAUGCCCAGUGUAGAUCGUGUUUUUUAAAAGAAAAAGAGGACACAAACGUCAUGAAAACUUCCAGCUGGCAAGUUCAUGGGAACAUGGUUCCAAAAUCCUGUUGGAGAGAAUUAAAAAGUCAUUUCAAUGAUAGAUUUUGAUCAAGGUGUUGCUAGAGCACAAAGGACUUGAAGUAGUUAAUGUUUUUCUAUCAAUAACGUUUUGAAGUUACUCAUCCCUAGCUGGAUUGGGGCCAAGCUACCAGUAUAUGUGAUAUACAGUAUAUUCAUCAUGUCAUUGCAAGCUCAUCAGAGCUAUUUUCUUUUGUCAAAUAGCAUCCAUGGGGGGCAGAAUCUGGAUUGGGACCACAGUGUCAUUUUCUGGCCUCCCUGCCUCCCGUCAUGGUCCCAGUCCAGAUCCUUUAUAUAAUCUAGUUUGGCCCUUGGAUAUGCAAGUGCAAUUUGUAUUCAGCAAUAUUAUUUGGGGCACUCUACAUAAACUAAAUAUAACUAUCUUCAUAAUCAAAAUAAUUUUUGAACUACUUUGGUGAAGCCAAAGCCCUUCUAUGUUUUUUUAAAUGCUUCAAGUGAAAGAUGUAACAAUGUGCCCAAUCAUCUGAGAAUAUAUGAAAUAGUCUAGAGACUAUGCUUUUUCCAUAGGGGAGAUAAAUCCUGGGGCAUAUUUUAAAAUAGUAUUUGUUAUUUGUAAAACCUGAAUUUUGAACUUAUACAUGAAACUUGAUGAUGCCAAAAUAUAUGAUCAUUCAUAGCCUUAAAGCUUACCACUUGCA